AUGUCCCUCUUCGGCUCCUCCAGCGCCGACAAGCCCAAGCCCUGCUGCGUCUGCAAGACCGAAAAAGCCACCCGCGACGACUGCAUGCUCUUCUCCAAGACCGAGGACCCCGCCCAGGAGUGCAAGUCCACCAUUGAUCAGUAUAAGAGCUGUAUGGCUGGGUUUGGGUUUAAGGUUUAG